AUGAGUGCGGACAAGGAUACAGAAGCUGCCUUGAAAGAAGAGGUCAAGGAGGAGCUAAAGGAAGGCGUCAAGGAGGACAUCAAAGACGAGCCCAAGGAGGACAAGCACGAGGACAUUAUGAACCUCAGGGCUGAGGAUGUUGCUACUCCCGCCUCGGCUGGCGACGCUCCGGUCGCUGAUCCCCCGACGUCUUCUCCCUCAGCAGAUACUCCUGCUCCAGAGGUAGAGUCAACCAAGGUGGUUCCCCAGGAAGCUCCUCGAAAGGAGGUGGUUUCUCAAGAGACCGCUGGAGCUGCUGUGCAAGAGACCACCUCUCAAGAUACGUCUUCCAAAGAGACCACAACCCAGCACACUACUACUGAAGAGGUCGUGUCCAUUGAACCCGCAUCCAAAGAAACCAAUCCCCAAAGCGACGCUACCAAGGAGAGUGAUCAGAAGAAUCCCGCUACCCAAGAGGAUGCUCCUCAAGAAGCAGCUGCUGUGCUCACUACCGCUGCGGUAGUGGCCGCGGCAGCUACCACAGAGGCAGUGGUGGAAAAGGCUGCCAGUCUUUCGACGCCUGUAGUCGAAACCGCAAAGCCUCUUGAUGAUUUUGAGGAUGUUCCAGACCCAGACGAAGAUGACCUGGACGACCUGGAUGAUAUGUUGGAUGAGUUCUCGGCAGUCAAGAUCGACCAACCCAAGCCUGUCGAAGCUGCUUCUGAUAUUAAAGCAGAGGCUCCAAAAGACGCAGCUCCCUCUGGCAAGCAGCCUGAAGUUGAGGAUGCGUUUUCAGAAGAAGAGUUUGCCAAACAGUUACAGGCUGGUAUGGCCGAUCUCUUAGGCGAACUUGAGCAGUCCCCUGAUAUGCAAGCUCAAUUCGAGGACAUCUUUAAGCAUAUCGCUGCGGCUGAAGGCGCUGGGGAUGCGCCACCUCCAAGCUCUUCAAAGGGGCCAGCAUCUCAAGCACCACCCGAGGAUGCAUCUUUCCAAGAUACCAUUAAGCGGACAAUGGAGAGGAUGCAGGCGUCAGGAGAUCAAGCCACGGCUGCUGCUGCCUCAGGGUCCGGCGAUGACUUCAUGUCCGAGAUGCUUAAGCAGUUAUCCUCAGGCGACCUUGGCGAUCUAGGAGGUGAGGGCAGCGAAGAGGAGUUUUCAAAAAUGCUCAUGGGUAUGAUGGAGCAGCUCACUAACAAGGAAAUCCUCUACGAGCCUAUGAAGGAGCUUGAUGAGAAGUUUCCCGAGUGGCUGAUCAAGAACCGUGACGCGACACCCAAGAAUGAUCUGAAGCGGUAUGAAGAACAACAAUCCAUUGUGCGUCAGAUAGUGGCCAAGUUCGAAGAGAAGACAUACUCGGAUUCCAACGCGACGGAUCGUGAGUUUAUCGUGGACAAAAUGCAAAAGAUGCAAGCAGCAGGAUCGCCACCCUCUGAUCUUGUUGGAGACAUGCAGUCGGCUCAAGAUGCCCUCAAUCCAGGAGAUGAAGCCUGUAACCCUCAAUAG